AUUUUGGAUUCGGGAGUUAGCUCGGCGCGUCGGAUAGACCAACUGUGCAAAGAGAAUGUUUACACCUGAGGCAUUAGAGCUGGAGCACAACUCUUGAGUGCCUUAUGGCCUCAGGCUGCAGUGACUGCUCCACCUGCCAGCAUCGGUCAGCUUGCCGGGGUGGAUCGAGAUCACGUGGGGGGUGGACCGAUGCGCCCCCCUGUCGUCUGGAUUCUGGAGAUUCUUCUUUUCCAAACCACGACAGCUUCAUCAUUUAUGAGGUUCAAGGUUUGUCUAACUCCUGCUUCACCUUGAUUGCCCAUAACCAAGGUAAGCAUACUGUGGCAAGUCCAUGGUAUUGGAUGUCAACAUCAUCAGACCUAUUAGACGGUCUCGUCUCACGGUCUCAUGUCUCCAGCUCCUUCUCAGAAUUGACUGGUAACCCCGCCAGUACAUGCAGCAGUAUCUUUGCACAGCAGAGUACAGUGUCAGGUGUUGCACAACCAGAUGCAAUGAUCCGAGUACUUCAGUGGCAGCUGUAUUCAUCCUCUCAUCCAUCCCCUAUUGUGGAAUCAACAAUAGCUUCAUCGACAACUCGACACAGGUCCUUUCUAUUGAUCGACUAGGAAUUCAUUGACCAUGCCCCUCGCACGUGACUGACCAGUACUCCUCCAUCCCAUUCCCAGCCACCGGCUUUUGUUUACAGUUUACACGUCCAGCCACCGCCCUCCCGCUCUCCCUCCU